CAUUUGGGAGAGGACCCUCUCCUCUAUGGCACUCACUGAGGCGCUCUAGCGUCCGGGCGUGUUCUCUAUGGCUUCUUCCGGCCUGAGCCGGAAGUGACGCAGCCGUGCCCCGGAAGCACCCCGGGACAGGCUGCGGAAGCGGCGGCACGAUGGCGGCGGCAGCGGCUGUCUCCGAGGCCUGGCCCGAGCUGGAGCUGGCGGAGCGGGAGCGGCGGCGGGAGCUGAUGCUGACGGGGCCCGGGCUGGAGGAGCGGGUGCGGGCGGCGGGCGGGCGGCUGCCGCCGCGGCUCUUCACCCUGCCGCUGCUGCACUACCUGGAGGUGAGCGGCUGCGGGAGCCUGCGCGAGCCGGGGCCGGGCCUGGCGCAGGGCCUCCCGCAGCUGCACAGCCUGGUGCUGCGCCGCAACGCGCUGGGGCCCGGCCUGAGCCCCGAGCUCGGCCCGCUGCCCGCGCUGCGCGUGCUCGACCUGUCGGGCAACGCGCUGGAGGCGCUGCCGCCGGGCCAGGGCCUGGGCCCCGCCGACCCGCCGGGCCUCCCGCAGCUGCAGAGCCUCAACCUCAGCGGCAACCGGCUGCGCGAGCUGCCCGCCGACCUGGCGCGCUGCGCCCCGCGCCUGCAGACCCUCAACCUCACCGGCAACCGCCUGGACUCCUUCCCCGCCGCGCUCUUCCGCCCCGGCGCGCUGCCCCUGCUCAGCGAACUGGCGGCCGCCGACAACUGCCUCCGAGAGCUCAGCCCCGACAUCGCCCACCUGGCCUCGCUCAAGAUGCUGGACCUCUCCAACAACCAGCUCAGUGAGAUCCCGGCGGAGCUGGCCGACUGCCCCAAGCUCAAGGAGAUCAACUUCCGGGGCAACAAGCUGAAGGACAGGCGCCUGGAGAAGAUGGUCAGCGGCUGCCAGACCAGGUCGAUCCUGGAGUACCUGCGCGUCGGAGGCCGGGGCAGCGGGCGGGGCAAGGGCAAGGCCGAGGGCCCCGAGAAGGAAGAGGGCCGGAGGAAGAGGAGGGAGAGGAAGAAGAAGGAGAGUGGUGAGGGCGAGGAGGAGGAGGUGGACCACGCCAGCAGGCUGCUGCUCAGGGUCCUGCACAUCUCGGAGAGCCCUGCCCCACUGAUGGUCAGGGUGAGCCCCGAGGUCGGGGACGUCCGGCCAUUCAUUGUGGGCGCCGUUGUGAGGGGCAUGGACCUGCAGGCCGGCAACGCGCUCAAGCGGUUCCUCACCUCCCAGACAAAGCUCCACGAGGACCUUUGUGAGAAGAGAACAGUGGCCACCAUCGCAACCCACGACCUCAGAGCUGUCCGAGGGCCUCUGCUGUACGCUGCUCGCCCGCCGAAGGACCUCAAGAUCGUCCCCCUGGGGCGGAGAGAAGUCAAGGCCGAGGACCUGGUGCGGCAGUUGCAGCAGGAGGCCGAGGAGCACAGGAAGCAGAAGAAGAGGCAGAACGUCUCGGGCCUGCACAGAUAUCUUCACCUACUGGAUGGAAAAGAAAACUACCCUUGCCUUGUGGAUGCAGAUGGUGACGUGAUUUCUUUCCCACCGAUAACCAACAGUGAGAAGACGAAGGUUAAGAAAACAACCUCUGAUUUGUUUCUGGAAGUAACAAGUGCUACUAGUCUGCAGAUAUGCAAAGAUAUCAUGGAUGCCCUCGUUCUGAAAAUGGCAGAAAUCAACAAAUACACUUUGGAAAAUAAGGAGGAAGGCUCACUCUCAGACACUGAAGCUGAUGCAAUUUCGGGACAACCUGCAGCUCCCAGAAUGAAUCCCUGUGCUGAGAAUGACGGGCCCUCCCCACUGGUGGUGGAGCAGGUCCGUGUGGUGGACGAGGAGGGGCACCUGAAGGUGGUGUACCCGUCCAAGACGGACCUGGACACGGCGGCGGCUUCCCACGUGACCGUGAUCCGCUGAGAAGCCGGGCUGUGGCUCCGUGCCAGCCAGCUCCCAGUCAUACGUGGUGUCAGCUGUGUCUUUCUAUGGGGUUUAUAUGUGGUGGUGUUAAAUUAUUUGUUACAUUUUCACCUCAGUAUUUUUUAAGAUAGCUGCAUUCUUUGUUCAGUUUUCCAGACGAUUCCGUUGUAAAGGGUGCCAUGUUGUCAUGUGCUUAAAUUGAUUUGCCUUUAUAGCACCAAACUGAUUUUACUAAUGCUUUUUAUGAAAUUACUUGAAUAUCGGAAUUGACUGUUCAAAACGUUCUCAAAUCAUGUAGACACACAGCAAAUAAUUCAUGGGGGGAAAAAAGACUAUAAUUGGUUUGAAUAUUCAGUUCUAAAUUGAGAAGCUGAACGACAUGCAUUUUAUUGAACUGCACAAUUAUUUUUCUAUGAUACAGCAUCUUUUAAAAUCAUCCUGUGCCAACAGCACAGCUUACAGAUGUGGACUGACAUAGUAUUAUCCAGCC